AUGGUAACUGGAGAGGUACGCUCUUCGGAGUUCGGACGUUUGCGGCGUCGUCGACGACGUGCGCGGCGGCCGCGGCGAGAUCAAAGCGCGUGGCCGCGAGGGUCGACGCACGCGGCUCUCGAUUCUCGAUCGUCCCUCUCCCCUCACCCCCGCCUCACCCCCGGCUCACGUCCACACAACAAUAUCUACGGUAACUACGGUUCGAUUCGUUCCCUUGCCUCGACCCGGCCGAUCGGCGUCGGCGCGCGCAAAAUACUCUCAAAGAAAACCUAUACUUCAUUGAACCGGUUAUUGUUUACAAACGACCAUCCCAUAAUGGCAGUAAAUUACUCGGACGAUAUAUCC